AUGCACGGCACGCCGCACCGCGAAGCCCCAGGCAACGCUCGACGCCCUCAGCGAGCCCCGUCGCCCGGCCUGGACACCAAUGAGCAUGGCGGUGGGCACCCAAACGCGAUCCCCUAUGUGCGAGGGUCGGCGCAUCCCACGCGAUUGCCGGCUGCGAAAUUGCGCGCUGGGGCUGAUCAGGGUGCCGCAGCGCCGCAGGUUGAUCAGGAGGAUUCCUCCAACAGCGCAGCAGCCUCUCCGUCCGAAGUUCAGAGUGGUGAGCAGAAGGCAGUACUGAAGCUGCUGGUGUCCAAUGCCGUCGCCGGCUCCAUAAUCGGAAAGGGCGGCGCGACCAUCAGCGAGUUUCAGCAGUCGUCGCAGGCAAGGAUCCAGCUGUCCAGGGCAGGGGAGUACUUCCCAGGCACGAAGGAGCGCAUUGCGGUCAUCUCGGGAACGCUGCACGCCGUGCUGACGGCAGUGCACCUGGUGCUGGGAAAGAUAAAGGAAGAGGCUGUGGAAGAGGAGGAGGGGGAGGAGGACGACGAGGAGAGGGAUGAGGAGGAUGAACACCUGGCUUCUCAGGGUGGCCUCACGGUGAAGUUAUGCAUUCCCAUUCGCUUGUGUGGGGCCAUCAUAGGCAAGGGUGGGCAGACAGUGAGGGCAUUCAUGGAUGACUGCAAGGCAGACAUCAGGAUCCAAGGGCAUGAGCAGCUACUCCCCGGUGUGACUGAGCGCCUGGUCGCUGUGAAGGGAAUGACGGCACAGAUAAUGCGGGCUUUUGGUCUGAUCCUGAGCAAGCUGUCGGAGGACCCAAAGUAUGAUGAGUAUGCCGACCAACCGAUUUCUCCAGCCUCACGGUACAGGGGACCCUCAUUGGCAUCGUUGUCUUCUUACGUUGCUCCACUGGCAGCUGUGCCAACAAUGCUGGUAAUGGAGGUCUCCAAUGCUGACGCUGGAGCCAUUCUUGGAAGGAGGGGAAGGAAUAUUGCAGACAUCACACAGGAAUCUCGUGCACGCGUUAAAGUGUCAGACAGAGAUGAUGUGAAUCCAGACACGGGGUGCAGGAAGGUCACGAUUACAGGCUCGCUGGAGGCCGUCCACUUGGCCCAGCUGCUGGUGUGUCAGAAGGUCGGCCAGUCCGAAAAUGCUGGUGGAAGGUACAGCACCGAUGGCCGCCCUUCCGCCUGA